UUAAGAAAACCCCGUGUCCCACCUCCAAGCUGUGAUUGGUUAACAGAGCUGUCCCGUUAUUUGACCUCCCAUUCGCUGUGACGGUGCACGGAGUCCUCGCGCAUCACAUUCAGUCUGUGACAGCCGCAAGCUGAAUGUUCCCGUAACGAAUGCGCACAAUAUUUUAACGAGCAACGCUUCAGAAAGGUAAAUGUGAAUCUAUUAGUUUAGUCCCUAUGUUUAAAUUGGAGACUUAAGGGCUACUAAAAAAGGCAUGGAUUAGGAUCUCUGUAAACACUAAUCCAAGAAAGAAAACUGUAGAGUGAGUCAGAAGCACCAAAGAAACACACAGAGGUAAACGAAUGAAAGGGAGUGGCUGUUUUCCAGGUGGGACCCCCAUUUCUGAAUGACCAACCAGGCAACGAUGUUAAAUGAGAGAAAGCACCGUACAUGAAGCCAGGGCCAGCGAGAGCAACGUGGAGCCUUGUUAUAGCAGCCAGGCAACAAUCACAGCCUUCAUCGUUCUCUACGCUUAUCCACAGUGCUUUUUUUUUUAUCACUGAGACUACGCACCAAUUAAGGAAGAUGCAGGACUGAGGGGAAAGAACAGCACUGUGCACCGGGCCACUUGGGUGAAGCUGAUGACCCUAAACAACUUCUCUUUUGUUGUUAGAUAUGUGUAUAAGCUUGAGUUGAGAUGAGGUGAUGAUAAUGAGCUAAUUUGGCAAAUUGAAGCAGACGUACAGGGCAACAUGUGAAGGUGGUGCCUUAGUUCCAGGUCUCCUGCCAUGAGCUGAGCCCUCAGUGGUCUGUGGCAGGAUGACUGCUGUCUACCCAGCUGGGAGGGGCUCUGUUGGGGUCUUAGAAGUGGCCACGGGUCCCCAGCAUUAUGCCCGAUGGAGUCGACAAGACCGCACCGACAUCUGCACGGACGAUGAGGGGACCCAGCCACACCGCCUCACCCCACUGGAGAAGCUCAAUCUGGACAUGUGCCAAGAUGAGAUGAUGGUGAGAGAGCUCACCAUGGGCCGCCGCAUCGGUUUCUACAAGAUUUGUGGCGAGAUCGGCUGUGGAAACUUUUCCCAUGUUAAGCUGGGCAUCCAUGCUCUGACAAAAGACAAAGUAGCCAUCAAGAUCUUGGAUAAAACCAAGUUCGAUCAGAAGACCCAAAGGCUGCUGUCCAAGGAGAUAUCAAGCAUGGAAACGCUGCACCAUCCAAAUAUCAUCCGUCUGUAUGAGGUGGUGGAGACGCUGACCCGUCUGCACCUGGUCAUGGAGUACGCAAGCGGAGGAGAGCUCUACACGAAGAUCAGCACAGAGGGGAAGCUCUCCGACAUCGACAGCAAGAUUGUCUUCUCUCAGGUUCUCUCAGCUGUGAAGCAUAUGCAUGACAAUAACAUUGUUCACAGAGACCUGAAAGCAGAGAAUGUUUUUUACACCUGUAGCACCUGUGUUAAAGUGGGAGACUUCGGCUUCAGCACUGUCAGCCGCCGCAACGAGACUCUCAACACCUUCUGCGGUUCUCCCCCUUACGCCGCUCCUGAGCUCUUCAGGGAUGAGCACUACAUAGGUGCUUGUGUUGACAUCUGGGCACUGGGGGUCAUGCUCUUCUUCAUGGUGACUGGAACCAUGCCCUUCCGUUCCGAAACGGUGGCCAAACUAAAGCGCUGCAUCCUGGAUGGGACGUACACAGUUCCUACUUGGAUGCCGGAACCUUGCCAGAAACUGAUCCAGGGCAUUCUGCAACCCAAUCCGUCUGACCGCUACACUGUAGAACAGAUGAUGGGCUGUGAGUGGCUGCUGCCAGUGGAGUUUCCAAAAGCCAUUGAGCCCUUCAAACUGGAACCGCUCCAUCUGGCUGAGUCUAAGCCGGGGGAGCUUGAAGAGCAUGAUAUGGAGAUGAAGAACGCCCUGGAGGCUCUUGGCAUCACUGCAGACCACAUUCAUAACAACCAGGGCAAAGACUGCAGGAGCUCCAUCACUGGAGUCUAUCGAAUCCUCUUACACCGCUCGCAUAAACGACAAGCAGUGGAGAGCAUGCCAGUAGUUACUCACGUAGUGAAUGGAACUGAUGCUAAAAAGGACCGUCUGAAGACAUACAGGAGCCUUAGGCAUAAAUCUAAACUCUGCAUCAUUCUGUGAUGCUCUGAAAGGAGCUCACAGACACUAUAGCUCAGGUAGUUAUAUUUGAUAUACCUCUUUUGUUAUCUUUUUUCACUUGAAAAUGAGAUCAGUGAAUGCCUCUAAAUAAAGUAGUCCAUAUGAAUGAAUAGAAAGUAUGAAUGUUUGCAAGUGAAUGAGUGCAAGACUUUUGUCUUGUCAUGGAUGUCACAUCAUAAAUGUAUUUUAUAAAUGUAAUAAAGUGCUUCGGACUGCAUUGUUUCAAACAUUCUCUUUGCAAUAUAAUUUACCAGAAAUGUUCUAAAACAUCUUUUCUUAUUGUGUGAAGUGAUGCUUACCAAUUUAAUCAUUCAUUGCUGGCCAAUCCUAUUCUACUGUAUUUUUGUAAUGUUUUAAUGUAUCUCAUAUGAGUGUAAAAGAGUGUAGUUUUACUGUGUAAAAUAAGAAUUGUGAAAAAUAAUAGAAAUUACAAGUCACAAAUUUUGUGAAUAAAAUUUUAUUAGGCCAUGUUGAAUUAGAUGUAAUUCUUUGAAUAUUAAAAUGUAAAAUAUUAAAUUAGUAUAAAUAAUGUUUACAUAUAAUUUAUAAUUAUAACCUUUUUUGAAUGUUGCAUUGUGUGCACAAAAUCAACAAUUAUAUCUAUUUAUUACAAUUACAAUUAAUUGUAAUAUAAUUACAACUGCAAUGCACACACAUUUCUACUUCACU